CGCUCUCUGGUGACGAUAGGACGCAUUUGUGAACGGCCUCCUCGCCGAGCAGGACAGUUCUCGAUCUUUAGCGAUUGUUCCUCGACCACUUUUUACUCUUCCCCCUUGACUGGUUUGAUAAUAGUACAUCCGCGUGCGACGUUCGACAUCGCCAUCACAGUGUGCAGGGAUAGUGUCUCAGGGCAAGCUGACCAACGGAGCGAAAGCGACACAAUGAGCAUAAGAGCCUAGUUAAGACGAAUAUCGUCGAAACAGAGGAUAUUUUGGCUGAGCAUCUGAGCCUGUUCUUGUAGAUUAAUGAGGGUGGAAGGAUGACCAGCAGGAGUAGCAGAAGGAGGAGGAGGAAUGUUGUUUUGGGGUCAGUUAAGCCGGGAGAAUCUGCUCUUUGGCGAGGAGGAUGAGGAUGAGGUUGAGGAUGAGCAGCUGGAAAACUGGAGAUUACUACGGGCCAACAGUGUCCCUCAAACGACUAAUCAGGUGGAGACCUCGACACACGUGACGUACUGCCUGUCAGGUGACGAGGAGGGGGAGGGGUGUCCCAAGGAGUCAGGUGGCGGCCACCACAGCUCACCUGGCCCGUCCGCGCCUCCUUCGGCCUCAUCCUACCCUCCUGCUUGCUGCCAUGCCCCAGCAACCGCCUUCUAUGCCAUCCUCGGUUUGUCACGAUGCUGGUGGCAGUACACAGUGACGUCAUCUCCAGGUGGUGACGCGAUGGAGGAAGGCGUGGCUACGGAGAGGAGGGUGGGCGGGACCACGGCGGCUCCAGAGGUGACCGGGGUCGGAUGGUCUCUGCCAUGCAGUCUGUCCUCGCUGCUCGCGAUGAAUUGCCGCGCGCGGGCCGAGGAACUCGCUCGCCGCCUCCAGUCCAGGGUGAAAGUGGGCACCGGCGGCGGCGGCGGCGGGGGGCACCAGCAGGCCCUCGAACACACGUCGCUCGUCUCCCCGACGCCAGAUGGACCCUACUCCUCGAUGGAGUGCCGACACUCGUCCCUCGACGAGCCCUAUUUGGAGCACCUCGGGGAGCACAACCUCAGGCCCAUCCAUGUCGUGACCUCAGAGCCUACCCUCCACCUCCAUCUGCCCCCGCCUCCCCCUCCAGCUAUCAAAAACAUGCGGGAGCAGGACUCCGACGUCUACUACGACUUUGACUUGGCCAGCCCCGACGACGAAGUCGUCGCAGAGGUCGCAGAAGAGGAGGAGGAGGGGGAGGACAAACAGCGACAAGAAGGGAAGUCCCAUUCCUUGGCAAAUGGUGACCGGCCCGAGAGCGGCUGCGUGACGUCAGUAACGUCCCCUCUCAUGUUCGACGAAGAUGGCGACGAAGUCGCUGACGGAGACGAUCCAGGUCUCCUGGGGGUGUCGAGGGACCACUUCUCUCCCCACGACUCGAUGGUCUGCUCCCCUGACGCGGACCUGAUGGCCGUGAGGAACAUCCUGUCGGCAACGUCCUCUCUGCAGCAGCAGCAGCAGGACAAGCGCAGCGAAACGUUCGCGCCUCGCCAACGUUUCCCCGGGAUUUACACAGGUGGUGACGAGGAAACAGGUGGUGUCGUUGGUGGUGAUAACAACGGCCAGAUAAACGCUUCUUGCGAUAAGAUUUGUGACAGUGAACUGUUGAGCUGCGGGUGGGAGGAAGAGGAGGAGCAGCGCGAUGUGGAGUACGACGAAAGACCAGGCGCCGGGUCUCGAGGCGACUAUUCGAGGAGCGACAGUGCAUUCUCAGAGGGCGCCACCGACGGCGUUGACAAGUGGCAUCAUCACCACCACCACCAUACCCACGAACAUCACGAGGGUCUGUCAGGGCAGGUAACGAUGCCAGUUGCUAACUCUGGGUCUUGCUGGUGCCACACAGCCGAUGGCACCGAGCCGGUGAGCAGCAGCAGCAGCCACCUACCCACAUCGCCCGACCCCUACAGUGCCACAGCUGCUGUUGUUGAAACCGCCCCCGUCAGCAGUGAACAGAGUGAAAGUGUGAUCGAACAUACCGCGGACGAUGCCUCGGGGAUGACUGAUGAUGAGGAUACGGAGAGAUACGCGAAAGAAGGCCACAGGAAACCUCCAACUUCCACGGGACCAGGGGUAGUGACUACCCUCCACUCUCCCCCGACCCAUUUCCGGGAGAGGCUUGUGAGAGACCUCUCGUCUGAUGCCCCCAAGCACGAGGACCAGCCUGGGGCAGAAGAGGAAGAGGAGGAGGAGGAAUUAGGCGGAGAAGAAGAAGAAUUAGAAGAGGAGGAGGAGGUGACGAUCUCAAAGUCAUCAGUGGAAGAAGCGACUGCCGUUGCUCCCGGGUCUAUUUCUGGCGCAACACCCCCGCUGCUCUCUCAACCUCACCUCUAUGUGCCCUCUGAAGGACAGCCUGCCGCCAUGGAGGCCAGAACGGGGUCCGAGGGUGACCUCGGCUCCAAGGAUGAGGUUUUCAGUGCGGAUUCUGAUAAUGAGGUGAUAGAGACCCUGGGGGACGAGGAAGAGGGCAGUGACAAUGACGACGAGGAGGAGAAUGAGGAGGACAUUGAGGAGGAGGCUAUCCUGACGGGGAAGUUCCGCAACAUAAGGCAGUACACGGAGCGCGUCCGGAGGCUCUCGGACGACGUCGAGGACCGUCCGCCUCCCCCCGUCGAGGUCAAGCUCGAGGAGGAGGCAGAAGACCCCAAGAGCCGGGCACUAUCCGGGGAUGACGACGACCAAGCCUCUGUCUCGGACGUGUCUUCCCAACUCGCCCAACUCGACGUUGACGUCGAGGUUGAGCCGCCCGAGGAGGACCUCGAGGAGGGAGAUGAGGAGGAGGAGGCCACGCCCUCCGAGAGCAGGUCGUCCUCCGAGGAGACGGAUCCCUCCCGCAUCGAGGACUUCAAGAUGCGAAUCAAGAGGUCCUCGUCGCUGAAGUGCGGCAAGACGCCCCCGGGAACCCCCGGCCGAAAGAAGAUCGUCCGAUUCGCCGACGUCCUGGGGCUCGACCUCGCCGCCGUCAGGACGUUCUUGGCGGGAGUCCCCCACGUGCCCCGCUCUGCCUUUUGGGACCUGGAGGUCGACCGCGAGGCUGCCGCCAAACAGGGAGCCACGGCGACCGCUCCCGCAGGGGGAGGGGGAGGAGCCCCCGUCUGCAUGCCCCGAAGGGUGCUGACCCCGCUCUUCCAGCAGCCGGGGUCACACCCGGACUUCAUUGACCGCGUCCGCCACCAGAAGGUGGUCAUCGAGAACGUCGUGGUCGGGGACGACAUGAGCGUGAAGGGGGUCGUACGAGUCCUCAGCAUGGACUUCCACAAGAGCGUCAGCGUCAGGUACACCUUCGACCAGUGGAGGAAUUUCCACGAGGCCACAGCCACCUACGUCCCCAACUCGCACGACGGGGCCACCGACCGCUUCUCCUUCCUCCUGUGGGGGAGCUUCCUUCAGGAUAACGGCGCCCUGGCCUUCUGCGUGCGCUACUGCACCCUAGGCCAGGAGUUCUGGGACAACAACUACGGCAGGAACUACACUCUGCAGUGCUACUCCUCCCUGGGCAUGCCGGGAGAGCCGGGCACGAACCCCGCCCGACCCCAGAACUCGAGCAACGUCCAGCAGUUCAUGCAGAGCACCCAGAACACGACUCAGUCCGGGACCGCCAACUACCACAGCUUCGGCUCUCCCGUCACACCCAGCGAUCCCUGGGCCAGCAGGUUCUUCUAGGAUUGUGGCUACACGUGAGAGAGUGCGGAGCUUGAAAAUUAAGAUAAAAAAGUAUCUACUGUGUACGCUUAAAAAAAAGCCUGUUACCUCAGUUUUUAACAGUGAUACAACUUUCACAACCUUCUCUUUCACUCGUGUUAAUCGAGUCCUUUUAUUUGUGAAUCACUUAUCUCGAGCCAUAAAUAUCACAUUUUUUUAAGCGAAGAAGAAUCUGGUACAGAUCAUAUCCCAGGAGGCGUUGACAUCCAGCGCCUGGCAAUGUUGAUGUCAAUACUUCUGUAUUGUUUCUAGGUAAAUGCUGUUUUUUUUUUUUUUUUCAGACGAUUGCGGCAGAAUUUCCAGAUCAGAUCGAAUGUUGCAUUUGUGUAGAAUACUUUUAAGCCCUUCCAUUACAUUGGAUUUUUAUGAAAAUAAAUUAUUCUGUAAUUUUUUUAAAACUUUUCGUUUCCAAAACUUUAUACUUUGCUAUAACGUUUCUUCAAAUAUUUUAAGUGAAUUUGUUUUAUCAGAAGACCUCAAGUUUGCAGAGUUUACAUUGUAUUGCAAUUUCAGUUUAAUACUCACGAACUUACGUACACUGAAAAUACGGUGAUGACAACGCUUUAUGGAACGCUGUUCAUAGUUAACUCCUCACAGUAAAUCAUAAGUGACAAAGAAAAUUUCAAUUCCGUACAGGUCUUUUUCAAACAUUUUGCUUAGAGCCGUCAAUGAUAACUUGCACCCUCGAUGUUACCUUCAUUUUCCACCUUGAUUCUUAUUACCCAAGUGCCAAACUUAACCUCACGUUGAAGACAAAUGACGAACGGUCGCAUAAAAUACGUAUACUCUGGUCAAAAUGUCAAGCUUUUAGAGGAAAGACGAGGACACUCAAAGUAAAAGCAAUGAUGAUGAUGAUAAAAAAAUGUGAUAUUAUGGCGACUCCUUCCUUGUACAUAGACAUACCUGCCCUUCCUUCCUUCCUAACCCCAUACAACUGUGCUUGAUGUACAUAGAAACAUCUGUGUCAUAACAAUAGCUUUAUUUCAGUUACAUACUAGUCAUAUUUACCUGAUUAACUGGUCAAUACAAACUAAAACAUCACACAGUACGGAGUGCGAGGAUUCUCCAGCCGACUGGAAGAGACAGUUAUGAACUAGCCAGCGGCUCACCAAACUGGAAAAGGUGUGACUUGGGAAUCCUACACUUAGGAGCAAGAAGAUGAAAAAAAAAAUACAUAAAUAAAAAGCAGAAAACGGCGGCUGAUCGUGAGGUAAGAAGCAGGAAUGAAGUCCACAAUGCACCCAUAGACGCUCAAUAAAUAUUCAUUACCCUAUGGAGGAGUUGUGUUGCAUGGUGGAGUGUUGCAAGGACUGCUUGGAAGAAGACAAGCUGCCUGCCCAGAACAGUAAUUAGGCUCAGAAAGGUGUGCAGUGUCUUGUUUCCAGGUGAUCUCGAAAGCGAACGCGAUUGUAAUAAAAAAAAGAACAUUGUCUAUAAGUAUUAAGGCGGUUGUUAAUUGCCAGAUGUGAAGGAAAAUUGCACAAAAACAUUAGCAGUGUGGUGUUUUAAGUAACUGGUUUUAAUUUUUAUUUCGUUCAUGAAUUAAUGGGUUUUUUUGUUUUGUUUUGGCAGGAAAGAUAAAACCCAUUAAUACAUGAAACAUUUUACAAGUGGUUUCUUUUAUUAAAAAAAAAAAGGUUUAUCUUUCUGACUGAAGUGUUUAAAAUGUAACAGACCAAUAAUCAAAAGCGUUAUUAUAUCUACUAUGUAUGUUAUUGUACUGCAGAUGUGGAAGGAACCAUCCAAUAAUCAAAUAAGUAUUUUUGGACUCGUUAAUGUGUAUAGUUUUAAUAACAUAUAAAAUCAACUCUGUUUGCUAACAAAAAGAAGAAAGUCACCCAGGACAGAGAGCAAUGACCUCUGCAAACUAGUUCCCGGGUCUUCAGCCUGACGAAUCAGGAUGCACUUAAAUAUGUGACAACCUGGCCUGCUUUCGACCCAGGGCCGUUUCUAGCUUUGUGGGGGACCCUAGGGAAGAUGCUGUUUGGGGGGCCCUAGACAGGUAGGUAGGUAGGUACUCCAUUUAUCCCCCGAGGGGUUUGUCAAACUGUGACGAAGCGAUUCCUAGCCAUUUAGAUGGUCUACUAAGAUGCAAGAAACUAUUACACCUCACCUUUAUUUAUUUCACAUCUAUUUCAAAGUACAAAGAUUUAAAAAAAAAACAACACUUGAAAUAACGCUUAAUUAACAUCACAGUCACACACUUACCAGAAAAACAACAAUAAUUCACACUAUUUCAACUUUUCAUCGGGGCCCCCAGGUGGCUUGGAAAAUUUCAAUUUUCCAUGCUACCCCAGGGGGCCCCUGGUGGCUUAGGGGCCCUAGGCAAUCGCCUAGUCCUCCUAUAACUAGAAACGGCCCUGUUUCGACCUUCAAAUCGCCCCCCCAACCCACCCACCAGACUGAGGGCGCGGGACGAGGUUUGAAAAUGGAGAGCUUCUUUCAAAAUUGGGCCCCAUUACUAUUUUAGAUUAGGCCUACAUUAGAAGGCUUCACAACCAGGGCAGGCCUUGGUGUGAAAUUGCGCACAUGAUCACAAACGCCAGCACAUGCAAUCUAGCCUUUAAAUAUUCAGUCAAUAAGGGUCACUUUCCAAGACAAGCUGGAAUCAACUCUUCUUUUUGCCAUUUAAAGGCUACAUUUCGUGAUGCCUAUCAACUAUAUACAUUCUAAACAAAACAAACAAACAUGUCAAUAUGUAAAUUAUUAAAACGUUGUAAAUAUUAUUGGCUUACCUGCUGUUUCUCACAUGUAAAAAUGAAUAAACUCGUCUCUCUAUGAA